AUGCCUCGGUCAAUUGACUCCUCGUCCGACUCUGACACGCUUCUCGGCCAUGGCAGCUCGCCAGACAGGCUGUCUGUCGAAAAGUCGUCCCUUACCAAGUUUCCGCUCAAGAGACGAUGGCGCAGCGCAUCCGUCACAACUCCACUGAUCCUGCACCUGUGCCUUGCCGCCUUUUACACCACGCUGUUCUUUGCCUUUUGGGACUACCAAGGCUGGAAACCCUCAGGCAGACACAAGAGCGGCUUGCUCGCUUACAGCCCGGCGUGGGAGGCCAUCAAGUGGGAGCCACGGCUGUUUGAAAGCCAGAUUGAGGCAUCCAACUCAUUCAAAGGACCCCCGAGGCCCGAGCUCGACGAGGCGUGGAACAAGCUCCUCGGGCCCACGUCGAUUAGGGUGAGCAAGGAGACCUUGGACAGGAUCAACCGCACCUCGGUGCCGUUGCUGGACGGAUCCGGCUACAUGGCCGGCCUGGACGUGUAUCACCAGCUGCAUUGCCUUAGAUACGUCCGGCGCUAUCUCCACAAAGACUAUUACAACAUGACCGAGGAAAAGAAUCUCGGCCAGCAUAUUGACCACUGCCUGGACAAUCUGCGCCAGUACAUCAUGUGCAACGCAGACGUCGUCAUCCAGACCUUUGACUGGAUCCCCAACUUUCAUCGCCCCUGGCCCAAUUUCCGCAUCGUUCACGAAUGCGCAAACUGGGACGCCAUCGAGGAGUGGGCGUGGGCGCACCACUUUGACGGGUUUGACGAAAGCCUCCUCAAGCACCCCAACUUUCACCCGGAGCUGCCCGACCCGUUUGACUACUCUGUGAGCGGCAACGACGUCUAA